CACAUCAUUGCGGGCAUUUUGUCUCAGGUUUAUAUGUUCUCAGAUACCAUCAAUUUUGAAAAACAUCCAUCAAAGGAGCUUUCUGAUGACCAUGUGGUAAUGACUCAGUUCUACCAGCACAUCCUGGCCUUAGCAUUUGCUGUAAAGGAGGUGAAUGAAAAUCCCCAAAUCUUGUCCAAUGUCACCCUGGGCUUCCACAUCUAUAAUAGCCAUUUCAGUGAAACCUGGACCUAUCUUGCUUCAAUGGAACUUCUCUCCAGGCGAGGCAGAUUCAUCCCUAACUACAAGUGUGACUCUGAGGAUACUCCGGUAGCAGUUAUUGGGGGACCCAACUCAAAUAUUGCCCUCCAAAUGGCAAACAUUCUGUGUAUCUACAAGAUUCCACAACUCAUAUAUGGAUCUUCUCCAGUAAUUAACAGUAAAGUUCAAGAUGUGUUCUUUCAUAAGAUGUUCCCAAGUGGGACCCAUCAAUAUCAGGGGAUUCUCCAGUUGCUGUUGCAUUUCAGGUGGACAUGGAUUGGAGUGAUUUCUCAGGAUGAGAACAAUACAGAGAGGUUUAUAGAAAAUGUGCUUCCCAUGUUUUCCAAGAAUGGUAUCUGUUUUGCCUUCAUAGAAAGAUUCCCCAAAGUACAAUUUUCCAGUAACAUCAAUGACAUGAUAGGACAAGGCUUUGAAGCAAUCAGUGUUAUUAUGGGAAGCACAGCCAAUGUUGUGGUGGUACAUGGAGAAAUACAGGCCAUGAUAACCUUGAGAAUGAUCCCUGUGGUUGCAGAAUUCGAAGAUCUACCAAUGAAGACUAGGACCAAAGUCUGGGUGAUGACAGCCCAGAUAGAUUUCACAUUACUUCCCUUUCAACAAUGUUGGGGCGUACAGUUCCUCCAUGGUGCUCUAUCCUUCACAACCCAUGCAAAAGAGGUGUUGGGAUUCCUUAGGUUUCUUCAGAUGAGGAGCCCUAAUUCAGAAAAAGAAGAUGGCUUCAUUGAGGACUUCUGGAAACAGGCAUUUAACUGUUCUUUUUCCAAACUUGUAAUAGAAGAGAUGGAGAGGAAUAUCUGCACAGGGGAGGAGAAGCUGGAAACUCUCCCUGGGUCUGUUUUUGAAAUGAGCAUGACUGGUCACAGCUACAGCAUCUAUAAUGCUGUCUAUGAUGUGGCACAUGCUUUAUAUACUAUGCAUUUAUUCCAGUUCAAACACAGAACAGAUAAAGAGCAACACAAAAUUCUGAAUCAACAUCCAUGGCAGGCCCAGCCUCGCUCCCUAUGUAAUGAAAGUUGUCAUCCAGGUUACAGAAAGGCCAAGAAGGAAGGGGAGCCAUUUUGCUGCUAUGAUUGCCUUCCAUGUACAGAAGGGAUGAUUUCAGACAUGAAAGAUAUGGAUGACUGUUUUCAAUGCCCAGAAGAUCAGUAUCCAAACCACAACAAGGAUUUGUGCAUUCCAAAAAGAAUAAACUUCCUCUCUUAUGAAGAACCUUUGGGAUUCAGCUUGGCCAUAUGUGCUAUGUUCUUUUCUAUUGUCACAGUUUUGGUACUUGGGAUCUUCAUUAAGCACAAGGACACUCCCAUCAUCAAAGCCAACAACCGAAACCUCACCUACGCUCUACUAAUAGCCCUGCUGCUCUGUUUCCUUUGCACUUUGUUAUUCAUUGGUCAACCAAAGAUGGUGACAUGCCUCUUUCGACAAACUGCUUUUGGCAUCAUCUUCUCAAUGGCAGUUUCUUGUGUUUUGGCGAAAACAACUAUUGUGGUUCUUGCUUUUAUUGCCACCAAGCCGGGAUCCAGGGUGAGAAAAUGGGUGGGAAAAAGAAUGGACAUUUUUAUUGUUCUUUCCUGUGCUCUUAUUCAAGCUGCUAUUUGUACAGAGUGGCUAGCAACCUCUCCCCCAUUCCCAGAUUUUGACAUCCACUCAUUGACUGAAGAAAUCAUAUUAGAAUGUAAUGAAGGGUCUACUAUCAUGUUCUACUGUGUCUUGGGGUUUAUGGGUUUUCUGGCUAUUGUGAGUUUCAGUGUGGCUUUCCUAGCCAGGAAGUUACCUGACAGUUUUAAUGAAGCCAAAUUCAUUACUUUCAGCAUGUUGGUCUUUUGUACUCUUUGGCUGUCUUUUGUUCCAAGCUACUUGAGCACCAAGGGGAAAUACAUGGUAGCUGUGGAGAUCUUCUCCAUUUUGACCUCCAGUUUUGGUUUACUGGGCUGCAUCUUUUCCCCCAAAUGUUACAUUAUUAUGUUGAGGCCUGAGUUGAACAAUAGAGGGCAGCUUGUCAGAAGAAAUGUUAAAUAA